UUUUAUCCGAUGACAUCAGCCACCCUGACGACUUUGCACCUUCAUUUCGAAACAUGAAAACAAUCCUCCACCUCGUCUCGUUCCCUCCAUCCUCACGCAUUCUCAGCCGCUUUUUGCAUUCAAAGUCGACGAUGUUGACGCGAGUGGCCAUCACUGAUCUCUCAUAUGACAACGAAACAAAAUGCCUGCUCUAGUCCGAAGACUCCUCAUCUGGGCGACGGUGGAUGGGCUUGUUCUCCAAGCUCAUGGCUCUGCCGAAAACCAUAAGGCUAUUCAGAUCGACUAUAAGCGACGCCAGGUAAAGGAGCUACAAGUCGACGAUGCAGCCAGCAAGAAAGGGACCUCGUUAGAAGCCCAUGGCAUUAUAGGACUCCUGUCAAUCGCGUCUUCCACAUUUCUGAUUGCCAUAACGCAACGAGAACAAGUCGCUCAGAUCUUCGGAAAGCCGGUUUAUGUCAUUCGAGACGUAGCCAUUCUUCCGUUGUCAUCCCACAAAGAGGCCGAGCGAGCUAUCACAUCUGCCCUUGCCUCGCGAGAGUCAUCCACAACGGGCAACGACUCCGACUCUGAUUUCAGCGAGCCAGGCGAAGAGGACGAAUCUCCACCAAAGGACGUAGAACCGGAGACGCCGGUUGAGCAUCCUUUGACUCAGCAGAAGAACUCAAGCUCUACAAGCAUCGUCAGAGAUGUCAUUGCUAAUCGAGGUCAAUACGCGCGUUUUGCUUCGCAAUGGUUCUCGAAGCAGGGCUGGAGAGGCGCGAAAACUGGCACGUCUAACUCCUCAGCACCUCCCCAGCAGGCUCAGGGUUCACCAACAGCAUCAUCGACUGCAGAAGGGGAUGCAGCCGCCGCGGCAAAUCUACCGAAGCCGCAAGGCGAAGGUGACGAAGAGAAACAAACGGAUGAAGCUGCACAUAUUAUGUCUAGCAAUUCCAUUCGCGAUGCCCUACCUCGAAUCGUCAAGACCACAAGGAUGAUCUUGACAUCUGGCAGCUACUUUUUCUCCUACGACUUCGAUCUGACACGUCGGCUGGUUCUUCUCGGCGGCAACGCAAAGGCCCCAGCGAGGGAAACAUUAGACCCACUGUACUUCUGGAACCGACGCCUGGCGACUCCAUUUCUAGAUUCCAAACAGGAUGCUUUCCUCAUGCCAAUCUUGCAGGGGUUUGUAGGCCAGCGAGCUUUCACAGUCCAGAAAGCCGAGUCGAAAAAUCCGCAUUCAGCGUGCAUUGUCUCCGCUGAGCAUGACAAGGAGUCUGCUGGCCUAGAGCAUGCCAUCAGCCACGCCAAACAAGGCCUCGCUAGUAUCAGUGGUGAUACUCAGGACUAUUUGUUGACGCUGAUAUCUCGGCGGUCAGUAAAGCGCUCCGGCCUGCGCUACCUACGAAGGGGUAUCGACGAUGAAGGGAACUGUGCGAAUGCUGUGGAGACCGAACAGAUUUUAUCAUCCCCCGACUGGGCAUCUUCGCGGAGGAUUCGGUCCUUUGUCCAGAUACGAUGUUCCAUCCCCUUGUACUUUUCGCAAUCGCCUUACUCUUUCAAACCGACUCCAAUCAUCCACCAGUCGGCGGCGAAGAACGAUAAUGCUAUGAAAAGGCAUUUCCAUGACCUCAAGAGUCGAUACGGGAGCGUUCAAAUUGCAGCCUUGGUGGACAAACACGGCACAGAAACCAACAUUGGGCAGGCAUACGAAGAGGCCGUGCGCAAUCUCAAGGAAUCAAACCAGCUGGAUGGUGUCCAGUUCGAGUGGUUCGAUUUUCAUGCGGAGUGUCGUGGUAUGAAGUUUGAGAAUGUGUCCAAACUCGUGGACAAGCUGGAAUCUACGCUUGAAGGGUAUGGAGAGACGACCGUAUCAAGCACAGGAAUCGAGACCUCCCAAUCAGGUGUGAUUCGCACAAAUUGCAUGGACUGUCUGGACCGAACGAAUGUAGCACAGAGCGCUUUUGGGCAGUACAUGCUACAGAAAGACCUGGCUAAGGAAGGAUUUGCAAUCGACUUGCUACACGAUGAAACCACGACUUGGUUCAACACUCUAUGGGCCGACAAUGGAGAUGCGAUUUCGCGACAGUAUGCCUCCACCGCUGCACUCAAGGGUGACUUUACACGAACCAGACGGCGCAAUUACCGCGGAGCGUUAAACGACUUCAGCCUGACUUUGACUCGUUAUUAUAACAACAUGGUCAACGAUUAUUUCUCUCAAGCGGUCAUCGACGUGCUGUUGGGUAACGUGUCUUGGAAGGUAUUUGAGGACUUUGAGAGCAACAUGAUGAGCGCAGACCCGGGUAUCAACAUAGAACAGAUACGCGAGGCGGCUAUCGAAAACUGCAGAAAACAGGUCAUUCAGGAUGCAGAUGAGGACCUUGUUCAAGGCUGGACCAUGCUAACACCUGCUCAUGAGAACACCUUACGCACAAUCCCAUUCGAGGAAGCGGUCGUGCUCUUGACGGAUGCUGCCCUAUAUUGCUGCAAGUUUGAUUGGACGACAGAGAAGCUGAGGUCGUUCGAGAAGGUUGACCUUCGUUCGAUUUCCAAGAUCAGGUACGGUACAUACAUCACAUCGACGUUUGGUGAGCGGCAAAUGAAAGAAGAGUUCAACGCUGGGCUCGUGGUGGUAUAUCAGCCGAGCAAAGACAGUAUCAUUCGAACAAACACCAGGUCCUUGCAGAAUUAUGUGGAACCCGUUUCGGAUGAUUCCCAAAGCCGCAUUGACGGCGGUACUGGUAUUCUGUCCUGGCUUAGCCCGUCGUCCCCACCGUCAUCAAGGACAGUGGCAAUGAAAGUGAUCGCUACCGAGACACGGACUGAGCCGCCGCUCGCCGUGGCUGGACGUAUUGCCGAGGAGAUCCGACGGGCCAUCACCGGACCUGAAGAGAAAAGCGAAGAGCAAGGAGUCAGUGAGCUUGUGGAACAAGAGGACAUCAUUUCCCUUGCUGAUGCCAAGAAGCGGACUGGCUACUUGGAACAGCUGGGUUAUUCCAUCAAGAAGCUGGUCUGGUCGUAAGAGUCGCUCAAGAGGGAGUCGGAGUCUAGGGGUAUUGAACAUGAAGAGAAAUCCACCAAGAGAACAACUGGACAUUGGUGUCCAGGAGGUCAACUCAUGGGGGAGUUGGGGGACCCUCGAGACCGGACAACAUCGAGGUUUGCUGAAGAAACGGGGACCGGAGAGCAGAAGAGUGUAGAGGAAGUAUUGUUAACGAUCAGAAUGAAGACACGAGCCUGAGAGAUUUUCUAGAUAUCAUUAUCAUCAUAAAUCGGACUCAAUACCAGACCAAGGCACCGGGGUCUAGGGCUCUCAUCAGGUUUACUUUUUGGGUGGGCGG